AUCCUCAGAGCACACCAUUACUGACCACCACUGCCACCACCACCCACACUGCCCAGCCACCACUCAGCUCCACUACAGCCCUGAGGACUGCAGGAUGAGGACCUGGUCAAGGGCCCAGUAUGGGGAGCGCUGUAUGGUCCUCCUGGGUCUCAUAACCUUGGCUUUUUCUCUGAGCAACAUCUCAACUAGAGGACAGGAUGAGGGUGUUGCCUCUAACAGUCUGGAAGACGGGCUGGAGGUGACUACAUAUUGGUGGGGGGAAUGGGCUAAGUGGACAGCCUGCACACGCACUUGCGGAGGGGGGGUCAUGUCUCAGGAGAGACACUGUCUCAAGCAAAGAAAGAAAGCAACUACUGGUAAGGACAACAUGACAUGCACAGGCAAUGCAAAAAGGUACCACCUCUGCAAUACAAAGGAGUGUCCCUCAACUGGAAGGAGUUUCAGAGAGGAGCAGUGCUGGUCGUUCAACUCUCAGGUGUACAAUGGAAAAUAUUACCACUGGAAACCCCUUUACCCAGAUGACUACGUUCAUAUCUCCAGCAAUCCCUGUGAUCUUCACUGCACUACUUCGGACGGUCAGAGACAGCUGAUGGUCCCUGCCCGUGAUGGAACAUCCUGCAAAUAUAGCAGUUACAGGGGAGUCUGUGUUGACGGCAGGUGUGAGCCUAUUGGAUGUGAUGGUGUCCUCUUCUCUCCCAAUACACUGGACAAGUGUGGUGUGUGUAAAGGAGAUGGGAGCAGCUGUAGCAGGGUAACUGGAAACUUCCGCCGUGGGGCCUCCAGCCUUGGAUAUUCCUUCAUUACCCAGAUUCCAGAGGGCUCAUGGGACAUCCAGAUCAUUGAGAGAAAGAAGUCUGCAGAUAUACUGGCUGUGACUGACCAGGCAGGGAACUUCUUCUUCAAUGGUGCAUACAAAGCAGACAGCCCUCAGAACUUCCACGUGGCAGGCACAAUCUUCAAGUACCGGAGGCCCACCGAUGUCUAUGAGACGGGGAUUGAGUACAUCGUGGCGAAAGGGCCCAUCGACCAGCCCAUCAAUGUUCUGGUCUGGAACCAGAAUGGUCGCAACCCUUACAUCACUUACGAGUACACGGUAAUGCGAGACCCCCUCGCUCCAGUCUCUCAACCACCCAUUUACACCGGCUCAGACAGGGGCUCCAGCCACCACGGUUCCAUGGAGAUCGACAUUGUGUUGCCCCACAACGAGAGCGCAUAUGACAAAGCUGUCCCCGGGAUGGAGAGGAAGCAGGUGCGGACACAGGGCGUAGAGCCAGGUAAAGCAGAGAGACAGCAGCCUGGCCAGGAGACCAAUGAAGUGUAUGAGGAGACAGCUGCCAUAGACUGUGAGCAGGAUGCUCCAACACCACCUCAGUAUCCGGGUGGCAAUAGCAGCUGGCCAAGUGGAGUGGUUGCUCCUGGCAUUGUGCCUGCCAGCAGACCUGCAGAGGAAAUGGUAGACUCUGAGAACCUCAUAUGGAGAAUGUUUCUUAGGCAGCGUAUGCACGUUAACAUCUCAACCAAUCAGCUUCUUGGUGAAGGCGGAGGCCUCUUCCCUGAAGUAGAGCCAAUGGAGUUAGACUACAGCAGCACAGAGCAAGGGAACCUUACCGGUUCCUUUCUUGAGUUUACCCUGGGCCGCCGCCGCAAUGACACGGGAGACCUGUUCCAGAACAGGACUCUGAUCCCCAGCUUAAGGAGCAGCAACCGCACCAAUCGCACCAGGAGUCAUCAGAGGUUGCUACAGAAGAACAAACUGAGUGCAGCAGAUAUGUAUCGCUGGAAACUGUCAUCUCAAGAGCCAUGUAGUAUGACCUGCUCAAUAGGUGUGGCAAAGUCGUUUGCUAUGUGUGUGCGAUAUGACGGUGUGGAGGUGGAUGACACUUACUGUGAUGCUUUGACUCGGCCUGAACCUGUCCAUGACUUCUGCAUUGGAAGGGAGUGCCAGCCUAGGUGGGAGGCCAGCAGCUGGAGCGAGUGCUCUCGGACAUGUGGUGAAGGUUUUCAGUUCAGGCAGGUGCGCUGCUGGAAAAUGCUGGCGCCUGGCCUGGACAGCUCAGUCUACAGUGACCUGUGUACCGACGCUGAGCUAGAACGCCCCCCAGAGCGCAGGCCCUGCAAGAGCCCUACCUGCGGCCCGCAGUGGGAGGUAGCUGAGUGGUUAGAGUGCCCAGCAAAAUGUGGUCGUAGAAGCUUGGUAACCCGUGAGGUAAGGUGUUCGGAUGAGAUCAGGCCAUGUGAUGAGGCAACCCGCCCUCCAUCUGCCAAGAACUGCACCGGUCCACCUUGCGAGCGCCAAUGGACAGUGUCUGAGUGGGGGCCGUGCUCAGGUACAUGUGGGCAAGGGAAGAUGGUUCGGCAUGUGUACUGCAAAACUCCAGAGGGCCGAGUAGUGCCCGAAUCCCAGUGUUCACCUGAGAACAAGCCUCUGGCCAUUCAUCCCUGUGGAGACAAAGAGUGUCCUCCACACUGGCUGGCACAGGACUGGGAAAGGUGCAACACAACAUGUGGACGUGGUGCGAAGAGGAGGAUUGUGCUGUGUGCUGGCAUCACCGGUGGCAAGUUUCAAAUCCACGAGGAUGAGGAAUGUGACGCUAGCAAGAGACCAACGGACGAAGACACGUGCUUUGAGAGACCUUGCUUCAAGUGGUACACAACACCUUGGUCUGAGUGCACCAAGACGUGUGGUGUGGGCGUAAGAAUGAGAGAUGUGAAGUGUUACCAGGGAAGAGAGCUUGUUCGUGGAUGUGACCCUCUAACCAAGCCUGUUAACAAGCAGACCUGUGCCCUGCAGCCUUGCCCCACCGAACCUCCAGAUGAGAACUGCCAGGACCGUCCCACCACCAACUGCUCUCUGGCUCUGAAGGUCAACCUGUGCAGCCACUGGUAUUACAGCAAGGCCUGCUGCCAUUCGUGCCGGAAUCUACGAGCCUCCUAGUCCUCGACCCCUGAAUUACCACACGGGCAAGAGCCACUGCCCUUUUAUAAGAAUUAGACCAGUGCACUCUAUUAGGACUAAUGCCAUCGGGUAAUUUGUGAAAGCCAGAAUUUCAAAGAUGUUUUAUAAGCCAAAGUUAUGAAUAUCUAGUAUUUAGUAUCCAUGCAGAAUAGUGGACCAAAGACUGAAUAUCUGCAGUUUAUUUUCUUUGGAUAACUUUUAUUGUUUUAUUUUUAUUAAGCUAGCUACAUUAAACUACCAUUGAUGUCAGUAUUAUAGUUACAAUACAUAUUUUAUGACAAAGUCCUGCAAUAGUGGGAUACCUUAAGGAAACACUAAAUUAUUUUGAUUAUUGCUCAGUGAACCGUAAUUAUAAUGCAUGAAAGUAUUUAUGAUCCAUUAAACUGGCAGAGACGGGGUCAGUAUUGAAUGUUACCUCUGGCAAAUGAUGGAAGACUUAGUACUGUAUGUCUAAACACAAGUUGACUCUUCAUCCACUGCCAGUUCCAAUGCUCUGCUGUUUUUUAUCUUAUUGAAAUGUUGCUGGACCAUUGCUUUUCUAAUGUUUAUUUAUUGGUCAGCGCAGGUGUUUCUUUUAAGCAUUAUUUUCCUCCCAUUUUGACUAAUUUUUUCCUUACAACCAGUUGUUUUUGAUACCAAGGGAAGAAUGAACACCUGUGCGCUUGAUAUUCCUGCGUCUUACUAUCUGC